AUGGCAGCGCUUCGUAUCUCUACAGCGACAUUGUCGCGUAAAGCAAUCACAGCGAGCCGACCCCGUCUCUACCUCGGAGUACGCGCUGGCCUACGCCCUCUUCAGCCAACCAGCUCCACAAGCAUUAACUCACGAUACUCCACGACCGCACCGUUACAAUCACUCGCGCCGAAGGUCGAGCGUGGUGGAUCAAAGCUAUUCAAAGAUGCCGAUGCUGCGGUCGCAGAUGUGAAGAGUGGCUCAACGAUUCUCAGUUCUGGAUUUGGGCUUUGCGGGGUUGCCGAAACAUUAAUCAAUGCCAUGCACCGUCGAGGUGUCGAUUCAUUACAUUCCUUGACAGCCGUAUCGAACAACGCCGGUUCCGCAGGCAAGGGCGGCCUUUCGACGCUAUCGCAGAAUGGCCAGUUAAAUCGCUUGAUUCUUUCUUAUUUGGGCAAUAAUAAGACUCUUGAGAAGAAUUACUUAACUGGUAAAAUUGCUAUCGAGCUUUGUCCGCAGGGGACUUUGGCUGAGAGGCUUCGUGCUGGUGGCGCUGGUAUUCCGGCAUUCUUCACGCCGACUGGUGUUCACACUUUCAUCCAGGAGGGUAAGAUCCCCGUGCGCAUGGAUGAAUCUGGUAAAGUCCUUGAAUCGGGCAAGCCGCGUGAGAGUCGGGAGUUCAAUGGCAAGACUUAUCUGAUGGAGACUGCCUUGACGGGCGAUGUGGCAAUUCUUCGGGCCUGGAAGGCGGAUGAGGCUGGUAACUGCGUGUUCAGAUACACGACCAAGGCAUUUGGUCCAAUCAUGGCCAAGGCAGCAACUCUCACCAUUGUCGAAGCCGAGAAUAUCGUUCCUGUCGGCUCUAUCGAUCCCAAUGAUGUCGAUUUACCCGGAAUCUUUGUGGAUCGUAUUGUGCCCGCAACAGACGAAAAGCAUAUUGAAAAUAAGAAGUUGCGCUCUGACGAGGCUAGUGCGACUGGGUCUGCUAGGGAUGCAGCGCAGAUUCAGAGGGAGCUUAUUGGUCGGAGGGCUGCUAAGGAGUUGAAACCUGGGUUCUACGUGAACCUUGGUGUUGGUAUUCCCACUUUGGCACCUUCUUUCUUACCGAAGGAUGUGAAGGUUUGGAUCCAGUCUGAGAAUGGUAUUCUGGGAAUGGGCGACUAUCCCACUGAACAGGAAGUGGAUGCGGAUAUCAUCAAUGCAGGAAAGGAGACCGUCACUCUCGUCCCUGGUGCUGCUACAUUCGACAGCACCGAGUCCUUUGGCAUGAUCCGAGGAGGCCAUGUUGACGUUUCUAUUCUUGGGGCUCUUCAAGUGAGCGCUAAUGGUGAUUUGGCAAACUACAUGAUCCCCGGAAAGGUAUUCAAGGGUAUGGGUGGAGCUAUGGACCUUAUCUCAAACCCAGACAAGACCAAGAUUGUGGUUGCCACUAGCCAUGUCGCUAAGGAUGGAUCACCCAAGAUUGUGCAGAAGUGUAGCUUGCCUCUGACUGGUGCUAAUGUUGUCAGCACUAUUAUAACAGACCUGUGUGUGUUCCAGGUUGACAGAGCUACCGGAAAGCUCACGCUGACGGAGCUCGCUCCCGGCGUUGAGGUUGAAGAGGUGCAGAGCAAGACGGACGCUGAGUUUGCGAUUGCUGACACGCUCGAGAUCAUGGAAUAG